AGGGCGGUGCUGCGCGGGCGCGUUGGUUCAAACGCGAUGGCGGCUGAGGCAUCUCAGGGCUGAGGGGGAGGGACCUCCGCCCGGCCCCUUCGCUCUCCCGCUACUGCCUUGGCAGGAUGUCUGCGCACAGGAGAGACCCCGGCACCGCGGCGGCGGGCGGACAAGCGCCUGUAGCUAAGCGGAAAGGAGGAAGAACGGUGCAGUCUCGUUACCUGCAAUACGACAAGAAGAACACCGAGAAGGGUGCUUCAGCAAGUUCCUCUUCAUUGUGUGCUGCCCCACCAUCUUCUGCAGCUAAACCAAAAUCAGUUCUUUCUCAGAAACAUGAAACUUCUGUUGGUGUUGGCCAUAGCUUAAGUCAGAGUAUCUUUGAGAAUGGUGACUUGCAGUCCACCUUAUUAGAUGAAGAAAAAAUUAAAAGACCGGACCUUGAUCUCUCAGCUAUUAAUGAUAAAACUAUCCACAAGAAGAGUGAUUGUUCAGAAUCAGCUGAAGAAGGAGAUGCAUGGACACAGACAGAGAAAACUGGAGCAGAAACUGAUUCCAGUGAUUCAAUGACAGAGCUGGAAUCUGAGACACUACUUUUAACUUACUUAAGAAUAGAGACAGGAAAAAAUCUUGCCAAGCUGGAGGAAAAAGCAGAAAAAAACUUGAUGAUGUUGUCUGAAGAAAAGCAGAGACAACAGGAGAAGCUCUUGGAGUUGAAACGUGAAAUUCUGCUUAAAGAGAGAGAGCAGAAGCUCAGUGAAGCAUUAGACAAACAGAUUGAAGUGCUGUCUCCUCUCGUUCCUGUCUGUGAACAGUUUCAAAAGCAAUAUAAAAGCUUUGCAGCUUCCCUGGAUGCCACUAGACAUGAAUUACCCAUAAAGAACAUUCACAUAGAAGGAGAUAAGCAAGCAUAUCUUGAUGAACUGGGAAAGCAAUUAAAGAUCACACGGGAGCUUCUGACAGAAAUUAUGCCAAGCCACUCAGAAGACUGUGCAAAAGCACUUACUGCACUGAAAGAGCUUAAAGAAGUGUCUCAGAAACUGGAUAAAGAGCUUCAAAGGAGCUUCAGAGAAGUGCAGAACCUGUCGUUUGAAGUCAGUAAAGAAGUUUCUCUGCAUAACCAAAGUGCAUGUGAAGAGAAGCAUGGGCUAGAUGUUGUGAAACGCUGGUAUUUCAACUAAGUUUCUGUAUAGUUUUACUGCUGGGCUAAUGAGAACUUAUUGGAUUACUGCAGUCUUCCCUGCCUCAGAGUAAAUACCACUUUGUUGGAGAUCCGGAAAUUCAUCCUGAAUAUGAUAAACAAACUGCUGACUGGGCUGGGACUGCCAGAACAUGAAAAGAGUUCCAGAGUGGCAGAAGAUCUAAUAGCUCUGAAAUGCACCACUGAGCCACACCAAUUAAGAGCAUUUCCAGUGAUUAAGUGAACGUUCCUGCUCAACUCAGGAAUGGUUUUGGGUUGUUUCUUCCACUGCAUUUGUGUGUGGCCUGCAAAGCAAGCACAAGGUUUGCAGAGGAGUCUCAGCUGCCUCUUAUUUUAAAAUAAUUCUGUGAUAAUGUGUAUGCAAGACCUAUUGAGUUUCUUGCUUAAAUCUUGAAUUUUUUGUAUUAGGGAAGCAAACACAACUUGCCUCUUCAGACUUUUCUAAUCUUUUUAUUUUAUAUAGAUAACGUGUAUUUGGAGGUGGCCUGUAGGAUAUCAGAACUUAAUUCCACAUUUUAGUAUCUAUUGCACGUGGGAAGUGACUUCACUGUUAAUCGGACUAUGCACAAACUGUGCCAGUCAUAUGUUGGGGCUGAGAAGAAAACUGUGAAACUAUUUCAAAGGAAACUGGGAAGUUAUUUCUGACUAAAUGUCUCAAUGACAGCCACUUCUGAUAAGCACAGUGCUCUCCUUCCAGAUGAGCGUCUGCCCCUUUGAAUGCUUUCUUAGUACUAUUUCCGUCACUUUGUCAGGAAUUAAAAUGUUUUAUUACUGUGAAAGAUCAGGCUUUCCUAUUCUACAGAUGAAUAAUAACGAUUUUUGACAGAGCUAUUUAAUUAUGUUCUCAAUAAU